CGCUGUCCUCUUCGCCCAGACUCCGUUCAAUUAUUCUUGCCAUCUCUUGAUUUGGCUUCAACGUCGCUCGGGCGCUGGUACUCUAACUUAAGCUUAAUUUUCUUUUCGCAACGGCUUUUGUUACCCCUGGGAGGAACGCGAGGAAUCUUGCUUGGAGCUCAAAAUGAACGGCGACGCCUAUUCGUCUAGAGACUCCGGUCGUCCUAGAGAUUACUACCGCGACGAGCGUCGCGAACGCGGCGGAGACAGAGGCGAACGCCGACGAUCGAGAUCUCCUCACCACGGCUCAAGAGGAUCCAGACGCGAUUACGAGGCCGAUACAUACUCGUCAAGUCGCGACUACCGCGCCAGAGAAAGGGAGGACCGCUACUCCAGCCGCAGAGAUGACCGUGAAUGGGACCGAGACCGCGGCGAGCGCAGACGCAGAGAUUACGACGACAGACCCUCCCGACGCGAAAGAGACCGAGACUUGUUUGACGGUGGUAGGUCCCGAAGGGGAGAUCGGGCAGAUCGGGGAGACCGGGGAGAUCGGGGAGACCGGGGAGACCGGGGAGGCCGCGACCGCGAACGUGACCAUGACCGUGAGUUUGAGCGUGAGCGCGGAGAUAGGAGAGAUCGGAGGAGGACUGCGUCGCCUCCGCCGAGGAAGAGGGAGGCUACACCUGACUUGACGGAUGUUGCUUCGGUAUUGACUCGGAAGCGCCGUUUGACACAAUGGGAUAUCAAGCCUCCGGGUUAUGAGAAUGUUACUGCGGAGCAGGCGAAGAUUUCAGGAAUGUUCCCUCUUCCUGGAGCACCUCGACAGCAGCCGAUGGACCCCAGUCGUCUCCAGGCUUUCAUGAACCAACAACCCGGCGGUGAACAGGCGGAAAGCACGACUCUCAAAGCUUCCAACUCUCGCCAGGCCAAGCGUCUGUUCGCGUACAACUUGCCACCUAGUGCUACCGGAGAGACUUUGCUCGCGUUCUUUAACGUUCAGCUUAACGGUCUUAAUGUCAUCCAGAGUGUGGAUCCUUGUAUCUCCGCCCAAGUGUCUGGAGACCACUCUUUCGCUCUGUUGGAAUUUAAGACACCAAACGAUGCCACCGUUGCGCUCGCGUUCGACGGAAUCUUGAUGGAUGACCAUGCACCUGAGGCUGGAGCCAACGGCGCGCCUGCUGGGUUGGAAGUACGACGGCCCAAGGACUACAUUGUCCCUGGUGGUGCGGAGCAGGAAUACCAGGAGGGAGUGCUAUUGAACGAGGUUCCAGACUCGCCCAACAAGAUCUGUGUAUCGAACAUCCCGCAUUACAUCCCUGAGGAGCCUGUUACGAUGCUGCUCAAGUCUUUUGGCGAGCUGAAGUCGUUUGUGUUGGUUAAGGACGGUUCGACAGAGGAAUCUAGGGGCAUCGCAUUCUGCGAAUACGCGGAUCCUUCGGCAACCGGUAUUGCCGUGGAGGGACUUAAUGGCAUGGAACUUGGUGACAGACAUCUCAAGGUUGUGCGGGCUAGUAUUGGAAUUACGCAGGCCUCUGGUCUGGACAUGGGUGUCAACGCGAUGUCGAUGUUCGCCAAGACUACUUCUCAAGACUUGGAGACCAGUCGUGUGCUGCAGUUGUUGAACAUGGUGACUCCGGAGGAACUGAUGGACAAUGAUGAUUAUGAGGAAAUCUGCGACGACGUGCACGAAGAGUGUUCGAAAUACGGCCCAAUCCUUGGUGUGAAGAUCCCCCGUCCUUCUGGCGGCAGCAGGCAAUCCGCAGGAGUAGGCAAGAUCUUCGUCAAGUUCGACACGGUGGAAUCGACAACAAAUGCGCUGAAGGCACUCGCCGGAAGAAAGUUCUCGGACCGGACAGUCGUGACGACGUACUUUUCCGAGGAAAACUUCGACGUCGAAGCUUGGUAAAAGUGACCAUAAUCCCCAAAUGUUAUCUGUCUUGAGCUUCUAAAUUUCAUCUAUCUUUAUUCCCCUUUGUCUGUUCGCUAUUAAGUGCUAGGUCAGAAAACGUUGUCGAGACUUGGUUUAUUUUGUUUAUUUUAUCCGGAGGUGGGUUGGUGAUGUAUCAUAGCAGAUGGAUUUUACGUGAGCAGCUAUCAAUCAAUUGCUUAAUCUGCAUGGUAUUCAGUUCAAGAUAUAGGGAUCUUGCCUCCCUUGGGAAUGGAUACUGAGGAAGUUUCAGGGUCUGGCGAUGCUAAUAUCCGCCACUACCUAUAUAUAAGAAGGAAAUAUGCUACCCCGAGG